AUUCCUGAAUCCGGGAUCUAGCGAAAUGCAAAUAGCGAGAACCAGCUGUGUGUACUCCCCGCAUCCCCGCGCUCCCGUUGGCUACAUUCUCUGUCAAUAACAAUGAGCUCGUUUCAGGAAUGGUGGUUUCAAUCGUAACAGCUGUACGGUUUGUCAGUUCUGGUGUUUAGUGGUUUAAUCUAUCAGAAAAAGGAUUGGCGAAUUAAUCGAAACAUGUACGGGUUUGUGAACCAUGCACUGGAACUUCUGGUGCUGAGAAAUUAUGGUCCAGAUGUGUGGGAGGACAUCAAGAGAGAGGCUCAGGUUGAUGUAGAAGGACAGUUUCUGGUUAGAAUUAUCUAUGAAGAUGCCAAAACAUAUGACCUUGUGGCUGCUGCAAGCAAAGUACUGAAAAUUGAUGCUGGAGGCAUCUUGCAAAUGUUUGGGAAAAUGUUCUUUGAGUUCUGUCAGGAAUCUGGCUAUGACACCAUUCUCAGAGUGUUGGGCUCUAAUGUCCGUGAAUUCUUACAAAAUCUGGACGCAUUGCAUGACCAUCUGGGCACCAUCUACCCCGGCAUGCGUGCGCCCUCCUUCCGCUGCACGGAUGCAGAGAAAGGGAACAACCUUAUUCUACACUAUUACUCUGAGAGAGAGGGUCUUCAGGACAUCGUCAUAGGGAUCAUCAAGACGGUUGCACAGCAGAUUCAUGGAACUGAGAUUGAGAUGAAGGUCAUUCAGCAGAAGAGUGAAGAAUGUGAUCACAUUAAGUUCUUGAUUGAGGAGAAGGACUCAGAGGAAGAGGCAUUUUAUGAAGACUUAGAUGGUUUUGAGGAGAAUGGGACUCAAGAAACACGGAUCAGUCCAUACACCUUCUGCAAAGCUUUCCCAUUCCACCUGAUGUUUGACAAGGAUCUCAUGCUUACACAGUGUGGAAAUGCCAUCUUCAGAGUUCUGCCACAGCUGCAGCCUGGCGUCUGUAAUCUGUCCUCAGUGUUCUCUCUGGUGCGGCCGCACAUAGACUUUAGUUUCCAUGGCAUCCUGUCUCACAUCAACACUGUCUUUGUGCUGCGAAGUAAGGAGGGACUGCUGAAUGUAGAGACUGCUGAGAGUGAAGAUGAACUCACAGGAACAGAGAUCAGCUGUCUCAGACUGAAGGGCCAGAUGAUUUCACUUCCUGAGACUGAGAACAUCCUUUUCCUGUGCUCACCAAGUGUUAUGAAUCUGGAUGACCUUACAAGGAGAGGUCUGUACCUGAGUGACAUUCCUCUUCAUGAUGCCACCCGUGACCUUGUGUUACUUGGGGAGCAGUUUCGUGAGGAGUACAAGUUGACCCAAGAGCUGGAGAUCCUGACCGAUCGUCUGCAGCACACACUUCGAGCCCUGGAAGAUGAGAAGAAGAAGACAGACAGGUUGCUGUAUUCAGUUCUGCCUCCAUCUGUAGCCAAUGAACUGCGGCAUAAGCGGCCUGUGCCAGCUAAACGAUACGACAACGUGACCAUUCUUUUUAGUGGCAUUGUUGGGUUUAAUGCAUUCUGCAGCAAACACGCAUCAGCAGAGGGAGCCAUUAAAAUCGUCAACCUGCUGAAUGACAUCUACACCAGAUUUGACAUUCUCACUGAUUCUCGGAAGAACCCUUAUGUGUAUAAGGUGGAGACUGUUGGUGAUAAGUACAUGACUGUGAGUGGUCUUCCAGAGCCCUGCACGCACCAUGCAAAAUCCAUUUGUCACCUGGCCCUGGACAUGAUGGAGAUCGCUGGACAGGUGAAAGUGGAUGAGGAUCCUGUGCAGAUCACCAUUGGAAUCCACACAGGAGAGGUGGUCACAGGGGUGAUAGGGCAAAGAAUGCCCCGUUACUGCUUGUUUGGAAACACGGUCAACCUGACAAGUCGUACAGAGACCACAGGAGAGAAAGGAAAAAUAAAUGUGUCUGAAUACACAUACAGGUGUUUGCAGUCAGUCGAAAAUGCUGAUCCUCAGUUUCAUUUGGAGUACAGAGGACCUGUAACCAUGAAAGGAAAAAAAGAGCCAAUGAAAGUGUGGUUUCUCUCACGCAAGACCUAACAGACACACUGCACAAUGCAAUUUUUAUCAUGUUCUCAGCUAAUGUUCUGUUCAUUCUGAAAUCUAUGAAAAGGAACAUAAUGUAUUUUGCUUUCUUCAUCAAGAUCAUUUCAUUCUUCCCCUCUCAGAGGCCAAAUUAAGAAUGUUCUUCAAUGACCCCUGUGUUUCAAGUGCCAAUUAUGUCUGAUUCACAGAUAAUGAAAAAAUAGGGGGAAAAGGGUAUAGAGCAGAGGGUGAACAGAGCUGUACACAUUAUACAUGGAAACUACUGUCCAUUUGAUAUUAAUGAUACUAUUUUGAGUGCUAUUGAACUGAUUUAAUACAGAAACAGAACAUCUGAAUAAAUACAACUGGAAAAUAGUUCAAAUACACUAUGCAACAUGCAAACAUACUCAUCAAGAGUUUGUUUUCAUCAUUUUUAUUUGUAGUAGAGGAUGUGACAGUAUUUAGAAUAUUUUAUUUCGUCACCGAGUAAAACCAGUUAUUUUCUUUUGUCAUACUGUAUUAAGUCCUAUAUGUCUGUGUGUUGAUAUUUAAAGUUAAGAGCACUACAGCAUAGAAAUACCUAAAAACAAACUGUUUUUUUUUUAAUGCACAUUAAGAAAUAACUUGUAGAUGUUCAGUAUCACAACACAGUUUUAUUACUGUAUCAGUGUAUUAUAUUGGAAAAACUUAGUUUAACCAUAUUCACGUGUCUAAAUUUAUUUUUUAUUUUUCCGAGCAUAAUGUGCAUGCUGUAAAUAAAAAAGUUCCUGCACAUUAGAAUCAUAAUUACACUCGUACACUGCAUCAGAGUAUUUGACAAACGUGUACAUUUAGACCAGCCGUUUUAUGAUAACAAUUUAGAAUAUACUUACACUACUGUUAUUGUUUUACUAUGAGUAGUUAUUGCGUGAAUGAAUAGAUUCUAAACAAACAAAAUCAAAACAAAAGUGAAUAUUUACUAUUUAAAAAGUGGAUAGACUUGGUGUGAGAGUUUGUAUUCAUUGAAUCUCACAGAUAGAUUUCUUUAAAGGAAACCUGCCCAUGUCACAGUGCUUUUAUGUACACCUUUACUUGCAGCAUAUUUAAGUCUUGUAUUAAAAUAUAAUUUAAAAUA